UUUAGAUGUUCACUCAACCCUCAGGUGCUAAGUCUUCAGCCCAAAGCACUCCCUACAAAACCAAAUACCAUCAUCCAGAACAAGAGGAAACAAUCUCUGAGGAUGAAUCGCAAAUAAACAAUAUUCUCAAAGCCUUGAAGCAAUAGUAAUUAUAUAUAUAAUUUGAAUUUUUUCAUUUUUAGAUAUCUGAUCCUGGAUAAUACGCUCAAUGAGAAGGAGGAAGAAAAAGCCUAGAUUUUGGAGGACUUGUAAAUCUUGAAUCAGAGAUUGCAACAACUAAAUAGAUCGGUUGCGGUCAAGAGACAAAAGUAUGAAAAAUGUGACAGGACCCUGAAAGAAGCAGAGUCGGCAUUUGCAACAAUUGCUGAUUCUACUAAAUCUCUGCUCCAGAUUGUCAAAAGUAAUAUUGGAGAUAUGAGCAAAAAAUAAAAAAAUUGAUUGACU